GGGGGUAGGGAGGUGGAGGGGUUGGUCCCCCCACCAGCCCUUGGGCUCUGAUUCCCCACCACCCCCAGCCCUGACCUGGGGCCUGGCUGGCUAUGGCUUUCACUGAUGCUGUCCUGCCCUCCAUCAGCAGCCUGGCAGGUUUCUGCCACUUCCAGGAGAAGCAGUCGGAGAUCCUCAAGUGGUGGAAGGUGGAAGAUACCCCGGCCCCCCCAGCGCCCGGCCCCGUGGACCUAGCCCAGCCCCACAGCUCCCUGCAGCUCAAGCAAGAGGACGAGGAAUCCUGCUGGGACCUGGACUUCCUGCUCAGCAAUUUCCCCAGCACAGAGGCUGGUGGUCUUGGCCCAGGCGGGGGGAUUGAGGCAGGGCCUGGGCUGUGCCAGGCGGAUGCCUACAUGGGGCAGAGCCCAGGCCGGUACACAGCGGGGGCUGGGCUCCCGGACCCCCCUAGCCUGGUAGCUGAGCUCCUGUUGGGGGACGAGCCCCUGGGCUGCAGCUCGGUGCCUCCCGGCUAUGCCCGGGGGCAGGAAAAGGGAGGAGCAGGCACCUUUGGGGGGCAUUUGCCAGCAUACCCCUCCAGGCCGGACUGUGAGGCCCAGCCCCCCGGCGGGUACGGGGAGCCCCGGCCUGUGGCCCUGCGGCAUGGCUACCAGCUGACGUACGGGGGCUAUGCCCCACUGGCCCCCACCCUGUUGGCCCGGGGCGCCCCCUACUGCCAGCUGCCUCAGCUGCCCCCCUACGGCCUAGGAGGCAGCUACCAGGCCUUCUGUCACAGCCAGUACCAAGCCCGGUUCCAGCUGUACCGGGGCAGCCCAGCUCUGCUGCCCUCCCCGGCGCCCACGGGCUACCUCGGGCUCCUGGCGCCGCCCGCCCCGCCGCCCGGGGAGCUCCCGGCCAAGCCCAAGAGGAGUCGCAAGGCCUGGGCCCACAAGCGCCCUAGCAGCCACACCUGCAGCCACCCCAGCUGCGGCAAGACCUAUACCAAGAGCUCCCACCUCAAGGCCCAUCUCCGCACCCACACAGGCGAGAAGCCGUACCACUGCACCUGGGAGGGCUGCGGCUGGAAGUUCGCCCGCUCCGACGAGCUGACACGCCACUACCGCAAGCACACGGGGCAGCGCCCCUUCCAGUGCCGGCUGUGCCAGCGUGCCUUCUCCCGCUCGGACCACCUGGCCCUGCACCUGAAGAGACACUUGUAGUGACCGAGGCUACACUGUGCCUGGCUCUGCCUGCGCCACGGACUGGAGCGGCCGCGCCACCAGCAUCGCCCUGUGACUGCCACAGAUGCUCGGGGCCAGACGGGCACCGGUCAGCAGCAGAACUGGGGUGGGGGGUGUUUAGGUUUCCUGUGGCUGAGGGGAAUGGACCUGGGUGGGGGUUGUCUGAGUGCCCCCUCUUUGAGGGCACUAGGGUGCUUUGGGGGCUGGUAGUUCCCUGGUUGGGGGGCCAGUGGAUGUACAGACUCAGCUUGAGGGAGGUAUUGUCCUGAUCCUGUGUGUGUUUGGGGGGGAGGUUGAUCCUGGAUCUGCCCCCAUCAGCAGCCCUCCCCCUGUGGUCCUGGCCAGCUGUCCUUUGUCCAGUGCCAGCUGCUUCCUUGGUGUGGGGAACCUCUCCCCUCCUGGGGGUGUCUGGAACCCUUCCUCCUGGGAUCUGUCCUGCCUGUUGAGAGCACCUGCAACUCACCCCCCUCAGAACCUAGUCUUUCACGAGCAAUGCCUAGACUCCAACCUGCUGGCUCCUAGAACCUGCCUGCUCUUGUGGCGCCUAGAACCCAACCCCAUGGAACCUGCCUGCUCUUGUGGCACCUAGAACCCGACCCCAUGGAACCUGCCUGCUUUUGUGGCACCUAGAGCCCCGUGUGCUAGAACCUGCCCGCUUUUUUUGGCACCUAGAACCCAACCCCCUGGAACCUACUUGCUCUUGUGGAACCUAGAACCCACCCCUGGAGUCUGGAGAUCCUUCCUUAAAACCCCACUGCUAUGGGGUCCUCUCUUGCACUGGGGUCCCCUCUUGCACUGGAGCUGAGCAGGCAGCACUGAGGCAGGUGCUCCCUAGUGGCAGUGAGCCAUUUAAUCAGGUUCUUUUCUUUCCUCUUCAGCAGCGACAAUCAGCAGCUGUCUCCUUAUUAAAUGUCGGGGGGGGGGGGGCUGAGAUACUCAGACUUUAUAAACCCCAAGAGAUGGGGGUCCAGCAUCUUUUCCCUUUAGGGGGUGCUGGCUUUGCUCUGGCCCCAGGGCAGGGAACUGGCUGGCUGGGGACUGGGAUGUGAGGCCUUUCCCUGCUAAGGGGAGCUGGAUGACUUACUUUAAUCAUUAAAGAACCAGCUGUAAUUUCCAGCUCCAUGAAAUGAGUUUGAGUCUCAGAUCCAUUCCCAUGAUCCUCUUCUCUUCUCCCCCUGCAGAGGCUAAACUGUUACAAUCCCUCCCUGGUGCCCCAGCUUCUGCCAUCCUUGGGGUAGGGGUGGGGAUUGGGCCAGGCCCAGAGGAGCAGGGUGAGGAGAAGCAGUGGGGAUGGGGAUGGGGGGACUUCUCUGAAUGAACUGACUCCAUUCAGAACAGCUGCUGGCCCUGGCCUCAUCUCACAGGGGUAGCAACUUGACCUCCCAGCUCAGCAUACACAAGCUGUGGGACUCUUUGAAGGAGUAAAUUUACUCCCAGAGUAACUCUUUCCUGUUUCAGGGACCCAGUUCUUCUGUCUUCAUCCAUCAGUUCUGUAAUUGAUGCCUGUGACCAGAUUCCCUUUCUUUUCAGUGUUUCUCCCCCUGCCUAGUGUGUGUCAUAUGCCCUAUACUGCUAUUGGCAAAUGGGCAUUCCCCUUGCUGUGUCUUCCAUGCAGAAUCCACACCCCAUUGUGUUUGAACUCCUAACCCAGGAGAGGUUUGAAAUGAAGUUUUCUCUGCCCUGGCUCUUUGAAA